AUGGCCCCCUUACUGCAAGACCUCCGUGCCGUGAUACGAGAACAAGUAAUCAUACGCAGGCUGGGGGCAAACGAAAGUGUUGCUGAAAAAGAUCCCUCCCCUGGUGGUGUUGCUGAAAAAGAUCCCUCCCCUGCUAGCAGUUCCCAUCGCCAAAUCAGCGAUAAUGCUUAUAUUAACGUGGAUGGUGAGCCGAUGGCGGUGGAUAAGUCGGUCAACAAGGUCCUGAGUGAGUUAGAUGUCAUUGUACUGGAGGAAGAAACAGACAAUGUGCAACACACAGUGGAACAACCAUUGGGAGGUGAAGAAAAUGUGUUUGUGAAUUACCAGUCCUUGCCUGUGGAGCAGCCCGUGUUUGAGUUUCUGCAUGUUCUAGCAGUGGUGGCCGUGCAGAAUGAGCCUAUGGAGGCAGAGCAAGUGCAGCAGGGCCCCCCACAACAAGUGGUUGAGCUAGUGCAGCAUUUGGAGGCCAUGCAGAAUGAGCCUAUGGAGGCAGAGCAAGUGCAGAAGGGCCCCCCACAGCAGGCCCCCCCACAGCAAGUGGUUGAGCUAGUGCAGCACUUGGAGGCCAUGCAGAAUGAGCCUAUGGAGGCACUGCCGCAACACGAGCCACAACAAGAGCCACGUCAUGAGCAUGUCCAGCAAGGUCAUACCGAGGGAGACCAAGGCGGACCACAAGAAGAAGGGCAUGUGGUGCCUGUUGUGCAGCAAGAGGCAGACCCCCAGGGCCCAGUAGAAGAGCCACCACAAAAUGAUUUUUUGGAGCCACAAAAUGAUGUUUUGGAGGACCCCGAAAACGAAGAUGAAGAAGAUGGCGAGGAAGGUGACGAAGAUGAAGAAGAUGUUGGUAAUACCGGGGAUCAAGAUAAACCUGGUGAUGAUGAUGAUGAGAACCAAGGAGCAAAUGGUGGUACGACGGGUCCGAUUGCGGGUGAAGGUGAAGGUGCAGAUAAUGCAGGGGGUCCGGGUGCCGAUGGGACCGAGAAUACAAGGGGUGGGGGAGAAGGUUUGGACCAUGGUGCUGUGGUGAUGGUCAGGUGA